ACAAUGGGCGGAGACUGGAAUCCAAUUGGCUGUGGCAAGCUGGUCCUGCUUCUCUUUCUCAAUGUUCACGCCUGCAAGAAUUUGGUUCGCUGUGGAGUUCCCCCUGUUCGCGGACCAGACUGCUCCCAGAUCAAGAGUCAACACCCUGAAGCCACCAGUGGCGUGUACGUGAUUCAACCUGCAGGUGUCUCAAAACCUUUCAAGGUGUUCUGCGAGAUGCGGUCGGACGGCGGUUGGACCGUGUUCCAGAAGCGUUCGGGAGGAAAAGUGUCCUUCCAGAAGAACUGGCUCGCCUACAAACGCGGAUUCGGGAACCCUCAGAGUGACCACUGGCUGGGGCUCCAGAAGCUGUGGGCGAUCACCAAAGCGGGGGGCAGUCGAUGGGCCCUGAGGGUGGACCUGUGGGACUUCGAAGGGGGCUCUGCGUUUGCGGAGUACAGCGACUUCAAGCUGGGAAGCGAGAGCCAGGCCUACCGGCUGGGAGUGGGGGCGUACCGAGGCACAGCAGGCGACGCCAUCCGCGGCGGGCUCCACCUCCCCGCCGGGAACGACCAGAACGGCCAGGGCUUCAGCACCCUGGACCGGGACAACGACGGCUGCGCGCCCUGCCUGUUCGGCGACAUCGCCGUGGACGAGUGCAGCCGGGAGGAAGGGCGAGGGGGCUGGUGGUACAGCCGCUGCGGGUCGGCCAGUCUCCACGGCGACUGGCACCCGGCCGGCAACAACCGGGGCUGGGCGUCCGGCCUCCACUGGGGCACCUGGAAGGGCCCCGCCCCUUACUCCGCCCGCGCCACCCGCAUGAUGGUGAAGGCUCUGUAGUACAGCGGAACAGAGAUCGCCGACGGCCGUGACCCAUAGUGCACCUAGGUGUCAAUCAAUCUCCCCCCCCCCCCCCACGGAAAGGGGUUUGUAUCGCUUUAAAGCCUGCCGUUCUUCAACAAGAAUUAAACCGCUCUGUGAUCCUCACUUCUUAUGCAGCUUCAUGUUAUAAUGCGCUGAAAUCAUCCCUAAUGAUCAGUCUCAACUGAUUAAUAACCCACACCCAUGUUAUUGAUAACUGCAUUAACCUUCUGAAACAGUUUUUGAUUUUUUAUUCUAUUUUUUUUAUUGCUAAUACUUAAUGUAAACGUGAGUGAUAUAACAAAAAGUAAAUGGUUUGCACUCCC